CUGGUUACUCUUUAAUACUACAAAAGAGCAAAACCAGCAGAGAUGGUCCAUAUGGCUAAAGUUACUUGCCCGAAAAGGGGUUGUUUACAAUAUUCCGUUCGAAUAACGAUAAAAGGUUGCUUUUUUAGUUUUAUUUUCUGUAUCAUCUGCAUGGCCUAACAGCCUUUUUUACAGAACGAUACAAAGUUGAUAUUAGUUUACAAUAUGACAAAAGGGCCCGCAUGUAACGGAACACCAUUGCUUGAGAUUCCCCAAGUUUAGAAAUAACCUAAAUCAGAUUCUAAGGGGGUUGUGAAGUCCCAAGCACUUUCAACUAUAAAUCAAAAGUAUAGUUUUUCAAGAGAAAUGUCUUCACCCUGAUGAACGCAUUCAUCAACGUUUAAAAUCCUAUUUCUUUUAAAUCAAGCAAAUAUAUAUUUAUGGAAAAGAGAAGAGAGAAUGCUGGAUGGACUCCAGUGCCACAGUUCGGAGGGUGGGACCAAAAAGGAAUAGACGCAACAGACUACUCGGUUGUGUUUACUAAAGCUCGCGCUAACAGGAAGCUGAACAAAGCUGAUGUCUCACAUUCUUUGGGAAGCGAACAAGAACUCAUGGCAAGUGCUCGUCGUCACCACUACCAGCAACAUCUUAACAAUCGCCGCGAAACCCAAGAUGAUGACCCUGUCAUGAAGAAGAAGAGGAUCUUGACCUACAUCAAUUGUUGCAUCAGACCAAACUAGGGCCUUUGUUCCACAAAGUUGCAAUUGUAAAGACAUCAGUGUUCUUGUAAUCUAUCUGCCUCAUCUGUAAAGAUACUCAUGGUUGGUGUAUACAUUUGGGUUGUGCCUUCACGUCCGAUAUGAGAGUAAGAUAACAUGAAUCAAAUUUCUGUCAGAUCCCACAUAUUAAUUAUCAAUUACGAGCCAUGUUUGCAAUGUCGCCGUUAACGUUCGAAGUA